AUGCGGUCCGACAGCGACACGGAGACGGAAAGUGGCGUUUUGCCUCCCCCGGUCCAGAACGAGAAGCUUCGUCACCCAUCGAGCUCGGAAUCCAACUCUGCCACAAUCGUCAACGAAAAGGAAUGGGCCAAACAUGAGGACUCCGCCGCCCAAGAACAACGGAUGAACGAUGAGGUUCUGCAACUCGCCCGUCGGUUUACUACUCAGUCCCAUGGCGCCCCCGGCUCUCUCUUUCCUGUCCCUGCCGAAGGCCCCCUGAAUCCCGCCAGCCCCAACUUCAACGCCAGAAAAUGGGCAAAGGCAUUCUACGACAUUCGCACCGACACAUCUGAGGGUAACCCUCCCAAGACGACCGGUAUCGCUUUCAAGAACCUCAACGUCUUCGGCUUCGGCACGUCCACGGACUACCAGAAGAGCGUCGGCAAUGUCUUUCUCGAGGCGGCCUCCAUGGUCAAGAAGCUCACCGGAGCGAAGGAGCAACGAAUCGACAUCCUCCAUGAUCUCGAAGGCGUCGUUCACAGCGGAGAGAUGCUGGCUGUCUUGGGUCCCCCGGGAUCUGGCUGCUCGACGUUUCUCAAGACGGUUGCGGGAGACACCCACGGAUUUCACGUCAGCGACGAUGCAACGCUCAACUACCAGGGCGUUCAACCCAAGCAGAUGCGCACGGCUUUCAGGGGCGAGGCUAUUUACACCGCCGAAGUCGACCACCACUUCCCGCACUUGACGGUCGGCGACACGCUUUACUUUGCCGCUCGCGCCCGGUGUCCCAAGAACAUCCCUCAGGGCGUUUCGAGACGGGAAUAUGCCGAGCAUCUGCGCGAUGUCACCAUGGCCAUGUUCGGUAUCUCGCAUACCAAGAACACCCGCGUCGGUGACGACUUUGUUCGUGGUGUCAGUGGUGGCGAGAGGAAGAGAGUGACCAUUUCCGAGGCAGCAUUGAGUUACUCGCCUCUCCAAUGUUGGGAUAACAGUACUCGAGGCCUCGACAGCGCCAAUGCUCUCGAGUUCUGCAAAACCUUGAGAACUCAGGCCGAUGUCAUGGGCUGCACCUCUUGCGUUGCGAUUUACCAAGCCUCUCAGGAUGCUUAUGAUGUCUUCGACAAGGUCAUUGUUCUGUACGAAGGCCGCCAGAUCUUCUUCGGCAAGACGGGUGAAGCCAGAGCCUACUUCGAGGGUCUUGGUUUCGUCUGCCCCGAACAGCAGACCACGGCCGACUUCCUCACGUCCAUGACCAGCCACCAGGAACGCAUUAUCCGCCCUGGAUGGGAGGGCAAGACUCCCCGCAGCCCCGACGAAUUCGCCCAGGCCUGGAAGGCUAGUCAGCAUCGUGCGCGUCUGUUGGAAGAAGUCGAGGACUACCUCCAGCGCCACCCCUUCGGCGGCGACCACUACCAGAAGUUCCUCGAGUCUCGCCGCAUCGACCAGUCCAAGUCCCAGCGCGCCAACUCUCCGUUUACGCUCUCCUACACAGAGCAAAUGACCCUGACUUUGUGGCGAUCCUGGGUCAUGCUCAAGGGAGACCCCAGCAUCACGUUGACGAUGCUCAUCACCAACGUCUUCGAAGGCCUGAUUAUCAGUAGUCUGUUCUACAACCUCCCCGCGGACACGUCCAGCUUCUUCCGCCGCGGUAUCCUCUUGUUCUUCACGGUCAUCAUCAACGCUUUCGGAAGCAUCCUCGAGAUCAUGACGCUAUACGCUAAACGGAAAAUUGUCGAGAAGCACGCCCGCUACGCCCUGUACCAUCCCUCUGCAGAAGCACUCUCAGCCAUGGUUGUGGACCUUCCUUAUAAGAUCGUUAAUGCCGUUCUGAUGAACUCCAUCUUAUACUUUAUGGGCAACCUCCGCAGGGAACCGGGCGCAUUCUUCUUCUUCCUCCUCAUUUCCUUCAGCAUGACACUGACGAUGUCGAUGAUGUUCCGUCUCAUUGGCUCCGUCACCAAGUCCGUCGCCCAAGCCCUCGCCCCAGCAUCCAUUAUUCUCCUUCUCAUCGCCCUGUACACCGGUUUCGCCAUCCCGCCGCAAUACAUGCAAGACUGGCUUGGCUGGGUGCGGUGGCUAAACCCAGUCUUUUACGGUCUCGAAAGUGUCAUGCUCAACGAGUUCGUCGGUCGCAAUUUUGAUUGUUCUACCUUCGUGCCCAUGGGUCCUGGAUACGGUUCCGUCGCUGCCACCGAGAAGGUCUGCUCCGCUGCCGGCUCUGUUCCAGGACAGGACUUUGUCAGUGGCACGACCUACCUCCUCACCUCGUACGGCUUCAAGAACUCGCACCGGUGGAGGAACUUUGGUGUGCUCAUCGCGUACACAAUUCUCUUCAUGGGUCUCCACCUGGUCGCUACCGAGUACAUCGCUUCUGAGCGCUCCAAGGGCGAGGUUUUGGUCUUCAGCCGGCAGGCGAUGAGCAAGCGCCGCAAGCAAGGUACAGCUGAUGUUGAGAGCGGUGCUGCUGGUAAGGCUCAGCAGAGCACCUCCGAGGACUCCGAUGGUGCCGCUGGAAUGGAGAAGCAGACCUCCGUGUUCCACUGGAAGGAUGUGUGCUACGACAUCAAGAUCAAGGGCGAGCCGCGCAGAAUUCUCGACCACGUCGACGGAUUUGUCCGUCCAGGAACUCUGACUGCUCUGAUGGGUGUUUCCGGUGCCGGCAAGACGACCCUCCUCGACGUCCUCGCAACCCGCGUCACGAUGGGUGUCGUGACGGGCGACAUGCUCGUCGACGGCCAGCCCCGCGACGAAUCCUUCCAGCGCAAAACCGGCUACGUCACCCAACAGGAUCUCCACAUGCACACCUCCACCGUCCGCGAGGCCCUCAACUUCAGCGCCCUCCUCCGCCAGCCGGCCAAGUACUCCCGCAAGGAAAAGCUCGCAUAUGUGGACACCGUGAUCAGUCUCCUGGGAAUGGAAGAGUACUCCGAUGCGGUCAUUGGCGUCCCGGGUGAGGGCCUGAACGUUGAACAGAGGAAGAGAUUGACGAUUGGCGUUGAACUCGCGGCACGCCCCCAACUCCUGCUCUUCCUCGACGAGCCAACGUCCGGACUCGACAGCCAGACUUCGUGGUCGAUCUGCAACCUCAUGGAGAAGUUGACCAAGAGCGGUCAGGCGAUCCUGUGUACCAUCCACCAGCCCUCCGCGAUGCUCUUCCAGCGGUUCGAUCGACUUUUGCUUCUCGCGCGCGGCGGACGUACGGUGUACUUUGGGGAGAUUGGCAAGAAUUCGCAGACCUUGGUCGACUAUUUCGUUCGCAACGGUGGCCCGCCUUGCCCUCCUGGAGCCAAUCCCGCCGAGUACAUGCUUGAGGUCAUUGGUGCCGCGCCUGGUGCUCACACCGAGAUCGAUUGGCCUGCCGUCUGGCGCCAGACUCCGGAAUACCAGGCUGUCCAAGACGAGUUGGCCCGGUUGACCAGCAGUCGUCAGGGUCAGGUCGCUGCUCCCAAGGACAACGAUCCAUCCAGCUACAGAGAAUUCGCCGCCGGUUUUGGAACUCAGUUCUUCGAGGUCACGAAGCGUGUCUUCCAACAAUACUGGCGCAGUCCCGCGUACAUCUACUCCAAGGGUGUCCUGUCCUUUGGUGCUGCUCUCUUCAUCGGUCUCUCGUUCCUGAACGCAGAAAACACCCAACGAGGAUUGCAGAAUCAGAUGUUCGGCGUCUUCAUCUUCCUCACCGUGUUCAGCCAGAUCGUCGAGCAGAUCAUGCCCGUCUUCGUUUCCCAGCGCACCAUGUACGAAGCCCGCGAGAGACCGUCGAAGGCGUACUCCUGGAAGGCGUUCAUGCUCGCAAACAUCCUCGUCGAGAUGGCGUGGAAUUCCCUCGCUUCCGUCUUCUGCUUCGUGUGCUGGUACUUCCCCAUCGGCCUCUACCGAAACGCCUACGCCACCGACUCCGUCGACUCCCGCGGCAUCACCAUGUUCCUCUCCGUCUGGGUCUUCUUCAUCUUCACCGGCUCCUUCGCGCACAUGAUGAUCGCGGGUCUUCCCAACGAGGAAGUGGCCAGCGGUAUCGUGAACCUGUUCGCCAUCAUGAUGUUCGCCUUCUGCGGUAUUCUCGCCGGUCCAAGCACCCUCCCCAGGUUCUGGAUCUUCAUGUACCGCGUCAACCCCUUCACCUACGUCGUCGAGGGUUUCUUGGGCACAUCGCUCGCCAACGCCGCGGUGCACUGCGCGUCGAACGAGUUCGUCAAGUUCAACGCACCGAGCGGACAGACCUGCGGAGAGUACAUGGCGGGCUACCUCGCCACCGCCGGUGGCUACCUCGACGACCCCAAUGCCGGCAACGGCACGGAAUGCAGCUACUGCGCUAUGUCUGACACCAACACGUUCCUGAAGGGCAUCAACGUCGACUUCAACAACAGGUGGAGAAACUUCGGGCUGAUGUGGGUGUACUGCAUCUUCAACAUCUCUGUUGCGGUGGGUAUCUACUGGUUGGUGCGGGUGCCGAAGAAGAGCGGCAAGGUCAAGAAGGAGUAG